GUGUGUGUGUGUGUGUGUGCAGUCGCUGAGCUGCAGCAGCGGACGGUCAUCUGCUCCUCCAAUGGCUCUGUGCGGAUGCUGCUCUCCACAGCGCGGGUUGAUUAUUGAUCAGGUUAUUGAUCAGCUUAUUCUCCAUCAUCGCUCGGCUGUUCAGGGAUGGAGGACGAUCUGCUGUGUGAGUAUGACUCCACCUGGGACACGGAGAGCGACGGGGACGAGCUGGAGCACAGCGGCCGCAGCCGGAAAACACGGCCCGCCUUCUGGUCCAACUCUUCCUCCAGAAACCUCAGAGCGGCCAAGGAUAUGCAGAACUAUAGACACGGAUAUCCAAAUAUCAAUGAAGAGGAGUGCCCAGAAGAAAGAAUGACCAACUUAAAGUUCUACCUAAAUGAAAUUAAGUCUUCUCCUGACGACGUCUCGAUUGAGACAUUUCACACCGAGUGGAGGACCGAUUACAAAAGGCUGGAGAGAGUCCAUUCCUACAUUCAGUGGCUGUUUCCUCUGCGAGAGCCGGGAGUGAACUACAUGGCAGCAGAGCUCACCAAGAAAGAGAUCCAGGCGUUCAGGGAGAGUGAAGAAGCUAAGAGUCGUCUUCUAGACUCGUAUGAACUCAUGCUGGGCUUCUAUGGGCUUCAGCUGCAGAACAGAGAAACUGGAGAAGUGAAGCGCGCCGACAACUGGAGGGAGAGAUUCGCUAAUCUAGAGAGAAACAUGCACAAUAAUCUGAGAAUUACCCGGAUACUCAAGAGCCUCGGAGAGCUUGGCUUCGAGCACUUCCAGGCUCCUCUGGUGCGGUUUUUCCUGGAGGAAACGCUGGUCCGGAAGACGCUCAGCAGUGUCAAACGCAGCGUCCUGGACUACUUCCUGUUCGCGGUGCGGGACAAGCGGGAGCGCAGGAAGCUGGUGCGCUUCGCCUUCCAGCACUUUGAGCCCAAAGACAAGUUCGUGUGGUGUCCCAGAAAAAUCCAGAAGCGCUUCAAGAAGAAGUCGGAGAAGCGGCAGAACUCUGUGGUGCUAAGCGGAGAGAGCGCAGCCAAUGAAGACUCACGAUACAAGAGUAAAGAUGGAGAAGCGGACGCCAAACACUGCAAAUCCACCGCCGAUAUCACCGAUGUGAAGAAACAAGAGGACGGAGAGAGUGUGUCCGGAGCUGAAGAUCCGGAGAAACACACAGAAACAGACGAGCAGCAUCUGAAUAAUGGACAGAGCGCUGAUGUGCCUGCAGACACACCAGAUGAAGACCUCCAGAAUCUGGCUAAUAAUAAUAAUAUCAGUGAGGGUGAAGCUGGAGCGGUGGACUGCACAGAUCUUCGGGAUCAGAUGGACAGUCCAGUGUGUGCUGGAGAGCCUACAGAACCUGCAGCAGGAUCAGCAUCAGGUUUAGCAUCAGGAGCGAGCAGAGAUCGGACUGACAGCCCAGAAUGCAUUGCUUCAUCUGAGACGUUCCCCCAGCCGGACUCGGACAGCAGAACUGGAGAAACGAACGGAUUAAACCACAAGCAGCCGGAGCCGGAGGAGCCUAUGGACACGCUGGAGCUCUGCUCCUAGCUCACACACCACUGCUGCGCAUUAAACACUUUAAUAACUAGCUAAAAGAUCUGAUUAGUGUUGUCACGAUACUGAAUUUCAGAACAGAUCAAUACUGACAUUUAAAUCCAUGUCCUGCUAACAUUUGAGCGCAUUCUGAAACUCUGCUGAUUGGCCGUUGUGUUCAUGUGCUCAACAGAAAUGACUGUGAUUGGCCGUGCAGGUCCUCAGUUCAUCACUGUUCACCCGUGCAAACACCGAUACAGGGACACUGGAGUGUUUUAAAGCCGCAAAGAUCAGUCGAUCCAUCAGCAGAUUGCUGGUAUGUCAGCUCAUAGACAGAUCAGCUGAUCUACGCGGCUCUAAAACACUCCAGUGUCCCUGUGUCUGUGUUGAACACGAAUGAAAACUGAUGACCUUCACGGCCAAUCACAGUCAUUUCUGUUGAGCAGGUGAACACAACGGCCAAUCAGCGGUGUUUCAGAAUGUGCUCAAAUGUUAGCGAGAAGUGGAUGCUUUUAAAAUGUCAGUAUCGUGACAACACUUGAUCAGAACUGAUUCGUUAUUUAUCCUUCAGAUAUGCUUUUGCUUAAGACCGAGACACCGCAAGCUGAUGGCGAAUAACUAGCGGAACGAAACCAGAGUGUGUGAUUGUGCCUGUGUGGAGGAGGAGUGUUUCUGCUCCAGCAGGGGGCAGUAUAGUCUGUUUAUUUAACAAAAGGAAACCAAACUUUCGAUGCGCAAAGCAUAAACAAAGCUUCAUUAUCACAGUAACCGUCACUCACCAUGUCUGAUAAUCUAAUAACUCAUAUCGCUUGCUGAUAUUUGAGAAAUGUAGUGGAAUUUCAGUGUGUUUCUUCUUGACUUGAAUUGUUUACUUGCUACGUCACUUCGCUACGUCACACUAGAGCUUAGAUCGGGCCCAAAAAAUAAAACCUAGAGCCUGUGCACCUUGUCCGAACCGGACCCAGUCUGAGACAUUAAAGUUCGAGCCCGAUUUAAGCCAGAAUACGUGGAGCGUCAUAACCGGGAAAUUAGUUUAGAUGUAUCUUACCUCGCUCUCAGGGGUAUGCUGCCUUGAAGAAGUGACUAAAGAGGACAUUGAAGGUUGACUAUCAUCCUUUCUGCAUACCUGGCAACCCUCUGUUUGCUGGGAUUCUCCUGUUUCUUGCCAUUCUAUCCCGCUAUCGUCCCAUUUAAACAUUUUCCCAUAUCUUUCUAUGAAAAGUGAACGCAGCAUCUUAAAUGUGAUGUAGUCUAAUUGCAAGAGCUGUUCAAGAGAAUCAUGCUUUCACUUUAUUUUGGCUUGAAAUCAGGUUGAAAGGAAUAUAAAAUGGCUGCAAUCAUUAUGCAAGCUCUGAAUCUGUCAAUUCAUGUUUCACAUGUUUUCACAAGUUGGUGCAGGUGAAAAUAGAAAUAAAAAGUGUAUUUAUAUAUACAGAUAGCUGGGUAACUAUAUAGAAUAGAGAUAGAUCGAUCUGUGCAUCAGCUGUCGAUCAGCAGUGUGAAAGGCAAACGCCUGCACUCUGCUUCUGCUCUCCAUACGCACUGACGGACUGUUUAAGGACUGUUCUCAGAUCAGCUUCUGUACAAGCCAUUUGAAGAUGAGCGAAAAUGGACGCUUUGGGAUUUUGGUGUGUUUUUAAACAGACAAACACACUUAAUAAUAUGUAAACAUGACCGUCGUGGCAUCUUUUUAUUUUAAAGACAGCUAGCUGUCUGGCGUGGCCUAGCAGUGUCCCGAUCCGAAUGCUUUGAGUAUCUGUUUCAUUAAUGUGAAUGCUAUUGUCAGAGGACACAUACACCUGUCAGCACUGCUGGUUUAUUCUAGAUAUCUGUUCACACUCUUUUUAUUACAGAAACUGAUCAAAUAAUAAUUUUUACAAAUACAAAACUAUUUUUAAGAAACUCUACCCUGAAUACAGCGACGGUUCACCCCAAAAAAUAGUCAUUUCCUUAUUAUUUACUCUCCCUCAAGUGGUUAUAAACCUUUAUGGGUUUAUUUCUGUUGAACACUAAAGAAGAUAUUUUGAAGAAUGCUGAACCAGUAACCAUUGACUUGCACAGUAGGCAAAACAAAGAUUAUGAAAGUAAGUGGUUGCAGGUUUCCAAUAUAAUUUCGUCUUAAAUGAGCACAAGCAGUAGGAACGUAAUCGAAUGCUCUCAUUAUAGAUUUGUGUUUAGCUCUUCAUGCAAUUAGGCUAAUUAAAUAUUGACUAAAAGCCACAAAUGCUUGACCUGAAGAUAGUGGCAGGAAAUAUCGGGUCGGGUCAAGUCUGGGUUCGGCUUGGGCAGAGAAUCUAAACUCUAUGGCACACUCUGAUUCGCUGCUGAAUAACCAAUCAUUCUACAUGCCAAAUCUGGCCAAUGAGAUCCGGGAAUUGGAUCUCAGCAGCAGCGAAUCAGAGUGUGACGUAGUGAAGUGACGUAAACAAUUCAAGUCAGGAAGAAACACAGAAGCCAGCUGCAGUUUCACUACAUUUGUGUAAUAUCUGUAAACUAUAUGGAUAGUUAGAUCAUCAGACAUAUCUGCAGGAGUGAAUCCCCAACGCGAUCUCACAGCAAUUCGUAACUUUUGGAAUUAGUGGCUAAUUCGAAUGAAGUCGUAGAGUCCCAUUCAUACAAUUUAGUAGGGUUUGCUUAUCCCCCAAUGAUAGUUGGGUUUGGGGGUGGAGUUGGGUGCCACGCUUCCUUUUUAAUAUCGUACAUUUCUGUACGACUGAACUCGCCACUAAACGGACAAAACGUAAAAUAGUUACGUUUCCUCGUGAGAUCAGGCUCGAAUCCCUCACUGGUGAGUGACGAUUGCUGUGAUUAUACUGCUGAACGCUGCUUUGUUUAUGCUUUGCACAAGCGGCAGAAUUUUGAUUUCCUCUUGUUGAAUGAGAAAACAGACUACACUGCCCCCUGCGGGAGCGGAAACACAUGUCAUCUUGUGCAAGUUCAGAACACACACUCUUGUUUCAGACAGCUUUCGUUCAUUUGGUGUGUUCACGUGUACAUUUUUAGUCCAGACAGAACCUGACGUGAGCCGCCGACACAGUUUUGUUUUAUCUGCGCUAGUGGUCUGGUGUGGCCUAGCAGUGUCCCGAUCCGAAUGCUGUGAGUAUCCUUUUCAUUAAUGUGAAUGUUAUUGCCAGGGGACACAUACACCUGUCAGCACUGCUGGUUUAUUCUAGAUAUUUGUUCACACUUAGUUACACUUGACAGGAACUGAUCAAAUAAUGUCAUGUUUACAGUUACAAAACCAUUUUUAAGAAAGUUAUAGCGACGGUUCACCCAAAAAAAAUGUAAAUGUACUCAUUAUUUACUCUCCCUCAAGUGGUUAUAAACCUUUAUAAGCUUCUUUCAUCUGUUGAACACUAAAGAAGAUAUUUUGAUGAAUGCCGGUAACCACUGAUGAAUACUAUGUAAGUCAAUGGUUACAGGUUUCCAGCAUUCUUCAAAUUAUCUUCUGUUGCAAUGCAGAAUCUGUUUUGGGUGAACUGUCCCUUUAAGAUGAUCAUUAUUACGAUGCAUUGUUGUGGAUUCUGCCGUAAAACUCCUGAACUCUGCGUUUGACUUCAGCAGUGAUACAGAAAGAGUCGUUAUUAAGUGAUCAGAAAUGUUAUUAAACGCUCCUGGUUGAUCCUCUGAAUGUUCAGCACAUGCAAUAACUCUUAAUUUGUAAAGUUUUUACCUUUUCCCCCUAAAGUACCUGAAAUGAACCCUUCAUGAAAUAUCCGAGAUAAGCUUUUUAUUUCUUCGUCUGAUUUAAUGUUCAUUUACUGUUGCUUCUGUUGUUUAAAAAGCCCCUCCUCUGUUCUCUACUCAUAUGAUUA